ACACCACACGCACCGCCUACCCCACCACCUCACAUACUCAUCAUGGGUGUCCUCGAUGUUGUCCCCGCUGGCGUUGUUGACGGCAAGGACGUCUACAAGCUGUUCGACUACUGCCGCGAGAACCACUUCGCCAUCCCCGCCUUCAACGUGACGUCGUCGUCGGUCGCCAACGCCGCCAUGGAGGCGGCGCGCGAUGCCAAGUCGCCCGUCAUUCUGCAGGUCUCGCAGGGCGGCGCCGCCUUCUUCGCCGGCAAGGGCCUCGCCAACGACAAGCAGCAGGCGUCCAUCGCCGGCGCCGUCGCUGCCGCCAACCACGUGCGCGCCGUCGCCGAGUCGUACGGCAUCCCCGUUGUGCUGCACUCGGACCACUGCGCCAAGAAGCUGCUCCCGUGGUUCGACGGAAUGCUCGAGGCUGACGAGGCCAACUUCGCCAAGGAGGGCAAGCCGCUGUUCAGCUCGCACAUGCUCGACCUGUCCGAGGAGACCAAGGAGGAGAACAUCGAGACGUGCCUCAAGUACCUGCCGCGCAUGGCCAAGAUCGGCGUGUGGCUCGAGAUGGAGAUCGGCAUCACCGGCGGCGAGGAGGACGGCGUGAACAACGAGAACGUCGACAACGCCUCGCUCUACACGCAGCCCGAGGACAUCUGGGACAUCUACCGCCAGUUCAGCGAGGUGACGCCCAACUUCUCCAUCGCGGCCGGCUUCGGCAACGUGCACGGUGUGUACAAGCCCGGAAACGUCUCGCUGCAGCCCGACCUGCUGCGCAAGCACCAGGACUACGUGCGCGAGCAGCUCAAGAGCGACAAGGAGCUCCCGGUCUUCCUGGUCUUCCACGGCGGCUCGGGCUCGGAGAAGCACGAGAUCACGACGGCUGUCAAGAACGGCGUCGUGAAGAUGAACGUCGACACGGACACGCAGUUCGCGUACCUCGAGGGCAUCCGCGACUUUGUGCUGAACAAGAAGGACUACCUCAUGAGCCAGGUCGGCAACCCCGAGGGCGCCGACAAGCCCAACAAGAAGCAGUACGACCCGCGCGUGUGGGUGCGCGAGGGCGAGAAGACGAUGUCGAAGCGCUGCAAGAUUGCCUUCGAGGACCUGCUCUCCGCCGGCCAGCUCUGAGCGCCCGAUGCGCCUCGGCUGUUGCGUCUCUGCCCCAUCUCUGCGCU